GAUACAGGUAACACUAACAGCCCCAGCCGCUAAUACCCCGCACCCGGCUCCCAUCCGUGCCGGUAAUACCCCGCACCCGGCUCCCAUCCGUGCCGGUAAUACCUCGCACCCGGCUCCCAUCCGUGCCGGUAAUACCCCGCACCCGGCUCCCAUCCGUGCCGGUAAUACCCCGCACCCGACUCCCAUCCGUGUCGGUAAUACCCCGCACCCGACUCCCAUCCGUGCCGGUAAUACCCCGCACCCGACUCCCAUCCGUGCCGGUAAUACCCCGCACCCGACUCCCAUGGCUCUACUGGGGAGACCAGACUGGCAGGACCGUCACGACGGGAGCAGCAACGGUAACCCAAGGUUACCCCAUCUGUCGGCCGUCAGCCAGCAUCUGUACAACCCUGCUCCCCCUCUGUCACACUCCGGAGCUUCAGAUUUCCAGCCCCCCUACUUCCCUCCUCCAUACCAACCUCUGCCCUACACACAGUCUGCAGACCCGUACGCCCACAUUGGAGACCCCUUCUCGCUGAACCCUGUCCAUCCCUCGCACCCUCCAACAUCCAGCCAACAGGGAUGGCCAAACAGGCAAAGCCAAGACCACACUGGGAUUUCACACCACUCCAGGUCUGGCCUCAUGCACCAUAUUCCUUCCUUGGAUGCUGGGAAUUCAAGGUUAGGCAGAGACUCGUACAGGAGACCGGACCUUCUCCUCCACCAUGGACCUGCUCAUGGGAUGGACUCCUCAAACCUAGCAGACAACCUGGGUCUUGCAGACAUUAGCCAACAAAUGGAAGAUGUUGAGAGUCUGGAAGAUCAAAAUUUAAUAAUGCACGACCAGACAGUUAUUAAAAAAGGUCCAAUUUCCAUUGGCAAAAACAACCUGAACAUGCCUUAUCAGAAGGACGGUCUUCUGGGAAUGGUCAUCAACCCAAAUGAAGUCUUCUGCUCGGUGCCAGGCAGACUCUCGCUCCUGAGCUCCACCUCAAAGUACAAAGUUACAGUAGCGGAAGUUCAGCGCAGACUCUCCCCCCCUGAAUGUCUAAACGCUUCCUUGCUUGGAGGAGUUCUCAGGAGAGCAAAAUCGAAGAAUGGAGGCAGGUCAUUACGUGAGAAGCUUGAGAAAAUUGGUCUGAACCUCCCGGCCGGAAGACGGAAAGCUGCCAACGUCACUCUUCUUACAUCGUUAGUUGAAGGUGAAGCUGUCCAUCUCGCUCGUGACUUUGGUUAUAUUUGCGAAACAGAAUUCCCCUCCAAAGCGGUGGCAGAGUACUUAAGUCGGCCGCACAUGGAACGCAACGAAAUGGCAAAUCGUAAAAACAUGCUUCUCGCUGCCAAACAAAUCUGUAAAGAAUUCACAGACCUCUUAACCCAAGACCGAACUCCGCUUGGGAACGCCAGACCGAGCCCUAUCUUGGAACCUGGAAUCCAAGGAUGUUUGUCUCACUUUAGCCUCAUUACGCACGGUUUCGGAACCCCUGCCAUUUGCGCAGCCAUGACUUCCGUCCAGAAUUACUUGAACGAGGCGUUAAAGAUUGUCGACAAAAUGUACAUGAACGCCGGGGACCAGAGCCCAGGAGAGGGCAAUAAAACUUUAGAGAAGAUGGAAAAACACAGAAAGUGACUGACUGCGUCUCAGGACAGAUUUUAAUGUAUAUUUUUUUUAGAAGCGGUUCACGAGGUUUGAACAAGUUACCUCCUAAGCCCCAAUUGACGCGUGCCAAUGAAUGGACAAGCAUUUUGAGCUCGUUGCGUGCCACGGGCGAUUUCCCCAGCCUGUAACUCUUCCAAGAGGUUUUCCCGAAUGGUCGAAUCCCAGUUUCUCUUGGGAAGAGAACUCCACAGCUACCGCUCGCACAUUUCACUGUCAAGCAGACUUCAAACUAUGGUGUAAAAUACGAUCUUCAGUUAUUUUAUCAAAAAACAAA